UGUUGCGCCCGCGGCUGCGCGGUGCCGCUCCCUCCGCUCCAAUUCGCGGGCGGGCGCGGCGGCGGCGGCGGCGGCGGCGGGGAGGAGGCGCGGGCCGGCGAGAUGCGGCGCUACCUGCGCAUCGCGGUGCUGUGCCUGGCCUGCGGCUUCUGCUCGCUCCUCUACGCCUUCAGCCAGCUCGCCCUGGCCCCGGAGGAGGGCGCGGGCGGCGGCGGCGGGAAGCCGCAGGCCCGAGCGGCUUCCUGGCUCGCGGGCGGAGGACGGGGCGCCGCGAGAGGGGCGGGCGGCGCGGCCACGGCAGCGCACCCCGGCGGGUCGCACAGGUGUAAAGAUUUCUCUCUGUGUUACUGGAAUCCCUAUUGGAUGCUGCCCUCUGAUGUUUGUGGAAUGAACUGCUUUUGGGAAGCGGCUUUUAGAUAUGGUCUGAAAGUACAGCCCGUGGAGAGGAUGCACCUCGCUGUAGUUGCCUGUGGUGAACGACUGGAAGAAACUGUAACCAUGUUGAAGUCAGCGAUCAUUUUCAGCAUCAAACCUCUUCAGUUCCAUAUUUUUGCUGAAGAUCAACUACAUGAUAGUUUCAAAGGCAUACUCGACAGCUGGUCAUUUUUGCAAACAUUUAAUUAUUCAUUAUACCCAAUAAGUUUUCCGAGUGAGAAUGCAUUGGAGUGGAAAAAGCUCUUUAAACCAUGUGCUUCCCAGAGAUUGUUCUUGCCAUUAAUCCUGAAAGAAGUUGACUCACUACUGUAUGUCGACACUGAUAUCCUUUUUUUACGGCCCGUUGAUGACAUUUGGUCUUUACUCAAGAAAUUUAAUUCCACACAAAUUGCUGGAAUGGCACCAGAACAUGAAGAGCCUCGAAUAGGAUGGUAUAAUCGCUUUGCCAGACAUCCAUACUAUGGAAAAACUGGAGUAAACUCUGGAGUUAUGUUGAUGAACAUGACUAGAAUAAGAAGGAAGUAUUUCAAGAAUGAUAUGACAACUGUACGGAUGCGAUGGGGAGACAUACUUAUGCCAUUGCUCAAGAAAUACAAACUGAAUAUCACGUGGGGUGAUCAAGAUCUGUUGAAUAUCAUAUUUUUUCAUAACCCAGAAAGUCUUUUUAUUUUUCCAUGUCAAUGGAAUUAUCGACCAGAUCAUUGUAUAUAUGGAAGCAAUUGCCAAGAAGCAGAGGAAGAAGGAAUCUUCAUUCUUCAUGGGAACAGAGGUGUUUACCAUGAUGAUAAGCAGCCAGCAUUUAGAGCUAUUUAUGAAGCACUGAGAAAUUGUUCUUUUGAAGAUGACCACAUCCAUUCCUUAUUAAAACCUUUAGAACUGGAAUUGCAAAAGACAGUGCAUACAUACUGUGGGAAAAUUUACAAAAUAUUUAUCAAACGGCUAACCAAAAGCAUCCAAGACCGCUAUGAUAGACCACCCAAGGAAAGGUGAUGUGAUUCUUGGAGACUACUAAGUCAAAUGAAUUAAACCAACAAAAUAUUAGAGGAAACGUGAAGGAAUAGUCUUGGAUGAAGUGUUCAGGAAAGAAUUAUUCAUUUUCAGAAUAAUUUCUUUUUCCUGAGGAAGUUAAAUGAGCAAUAUAUUCAUUUAAUGAAGAAUAAAUUGAAGUCUUGGACUCCAAUAAGAAGACAUUUUUCAUCUCUGACGUUUUGUAAUGUUGUUUGCUGUCAUUCCAGUAUUGAUGAAAAUACUAAAUUGUUUGUAGCCUCUAGACUUUGGUUGACUCUUAAACUCAAGUGAGUAAGAAUAGUAGAAGGGACGGGGUGUAUGAAUGGAGAAGAUGUACCUCAUACACAGUGGGUUGCAAACUGUGAGUAUAGCAAUAAUUUUGUCAGCACUAACCUCACUUUAAAUGUGUGAGAAAAACGUUUACAGGAGCAGAAAAGAUUCUGUUUCUAAAGAAAUGUGAUGUAACCAUUGACAAUCCAUGUGUGCCUUCAUAGAUUUCAUCUCUGUUUUAAAAUCUUUUUUUUGACAA